AUGCUUUAUCUCGAACUCACAUCCGUCUUCGACAAACUCAGACGCAAUACCGUCAUGCCAAGCUUUGUCGACCGCGAAUCCAUCGUCUCAACACUCGACCUCUGUCUCCUUCGCGAUACUCUUCAACCUCUCUGUCUCAAUCUGUCAGCAUUCUUCAUCCUCAUCAACUCUCGAUUGUUCAACAUAUCUUCACUUGUGAUAGCAGUUGCAACAAGAACCAGAGGGCAGUCCCUAGAGAUUCAGUGUAUUAACCUUCAGCCUUGUCAUGAACUUUUUCAUUUGUGCAUGUUAAAUUGUGUUGUUGGAACUGAUGUAGACAUUGAUGUGGCAGGUUAUGUUCGAUGGACAUCUGUAGUAGCAGCCCGAAUAUUAGCAAUGGUGAGAUGGCUCGAAAUAGGUGAAGUGCAAAGUAACAACGGAAUCAAGGUGAAAAUGGCGGUUAUGAUGAGGCUCUUUGUUUGA